AUGCUCUCUUUGACCGCAACCUACGCCGCCUCCUCCACACCCUCGUCGGAGCCCCCAUUCACCCACGAGCUCCCACCCCUCCCCGCCGCCAACGACACACCCGCCCGCACCGCGUACCUCGCCGCGCUCACGUCGGCCACAAAAGCGCUGCAAGACGACAUCAACGCGUUUCUGACGCAGAAAAUGGCCGACGACAAGAGCGCUGCGGAUGCGAAGGAGGAGGAGAACUACGGCGAGGAGGUUAGGAGAAACAUGGCCGUCUUAGCGUCAGAUACCGACGCAGAGCGGCAUGCCGCUGCCUCGUCACCCCGUCGCCCGUGGCAAGCGACCAGCAAUUGUGCAGAUUCGCAGCGCAUGCCGGGCCGACCCAGCCUCGCUCGCACCGUCCUCCCGAUCCGCUUCCUCGGGGCGCGCGGCUUCCCACACCAUCUCCCAGCCAUGACCCGCUCCAUACCUCACGCCAUGCCUUAAAACACCUUGGAUACACCCCGCGAUCGCGUCGUUAUCUGCAUAGCGUACCGCAAAGCUGCGGGCAACGCCGCUCCUUCGCUGCGGUCCAUGGACACCCUCGACUAUGGUAUUCCGUCUGAGUGCGAGGGAAGCGCCGUUGAGACCAGCACUUCGGGCAGGUGGAGGGAGUGCGUCUUGUGGCAGCAUGAAGCGGAAGAGCGGGAGCAGGCUAGGACAGUAGGAAGGAGCGGGGCGAUCCAGGGCUGCAGACCGGAGUGGGCUGUACUUAGCUGGGCUGGGCUGGACAGCGGAUGUGGGACGGCAUACCAGGCUCACGACUCGAGCCAACGUCGCUAGAGCGGGCCUGGGAGCAAGCCAAAGCAACAGCCAUAGCGACAUAGCACAGUAAAAAGCUAGAUAUACUUCCCCACAAGCAAGCUACGGGUAUCAUG